UGAUUGAGCGGGCGUCUGCUACCUACUUCCGCGCGCGCUGUGUGGUGCACAAUCACGACGAAGUCCAUCGGAAUUUUUGUGUGGGCAGUGUGGGUGAGUUCUUUCAUUGUCUUCGAUGGAUUCAAGCGCGCUACAUACCUUUGUGGCGUUACGAAGAUUCACAAUGUGGGUCUUCACGAUGACAGUCAUUCUUGUGGCGAAUAGAGUGGGCUCCAUGGAAGGUGGGUCAACUUGGGAGAAGGGGUAUGCAAGGACGAGCUAUUACCGUCCGACUCCACAAGCUACUUGGCCUUUCCCAAGGAUUGUCCGCUUCCCAGUCUCAUGUCCACAACAGAUCAAGACGAUGCCGUCAAUUGUAUUGACUGCGGCGUCGUCAUCCCGUCUCGUCGUAUACCCAUGUACGGAAUUCAACUAACAGCUCAACGUCCACGCAGUCCACCUGCUCGCGACAAAACAGAAAUCGGCGACUGGGCCGCGUUCACAUGCCACGUCUACUCGGUGUCUGAACCAUGAAUCUUUG